CUGAAUUCACCAAAUCCAUCACUCCCCGGCCAGUUGAACGGAACGAAAUAAUUAAUUUGUUGAAAUUUUAUAAAAGGGGGACAGUCAGAUAUUUGCAUGGAUUGUGCCUGAGUUGGCAAUCUACGAAGCAAGUGUUGGUGUGUAUGCAGGUGGCCACGUGUUGCUAUUGCUCCUCCCUACAUAACACGCGUGACCAUAAUAUAGUGCAACAAUAUCCACAUGGUACGUAUGAUGCCACCAAUUUGAUUCUUAUUCUAAAUUACUCCCUCCGUCCCAAAAUCGUUGGCCAAUGUUGACUUGCACGUGGAUUAAUAAAGUAAAAACUGUGUGGUUGAAAUUUGUGCAGAGUAGAGAGAAUUAACUUUAGCCACAUAUUCCUUACUUUAAAUGGAAGUGGCCAACCUUUUUUGGACGGCCAAAAAAGGAAAUUUGGCCAACCAUUUUGGGACGGAGGGAGUAGUGUAAUCGUAUGAAAAAUUUAAUACAUAUAGUUUAUUUUCUACCACGUAAAAGGGUUAAAAAUUCAAAACACAAGAAAUUAACUUCAAGAAAUUAACUGGGCAGUUUAUAUGUAUGAACUGCCCAUUUAACUUCAAGAAAAUUAUUUGAAUGCCUUCCCGAUCGAAUUUUGAGCUGAAAUUUGGUAUUGAUAAACUAGACUUCAUGAAGAACAUGCUCAAAAAAAUUCAUCAAAAAAUUCCAUCGGGAAGUGCCCGAAAUGCCCUCGGCCGGACGGCGGUUCCCGUCAGGCCGGCUGGACAUGAAAAGUCCUCUAUAUAUAUAUAUAUAUAGAAUUUGGUUCAAAUAAAAGUACUUCAUAGGUGAAAAAUAAGAACUAAUCUUGGCUGUUGAUGUGAAAAAAUGGAUGGAAGAGAUCAAUUUUUAAGUGGGAAACGCGGUGGCAUUUGUGUAAUUAUGGAGAACUUUUUUUGAAAAUAUUGUGACAAAUGUGUAUCAGAAUAGUCAAAAAGUGCACACGUAGAACACAAAAGUGCACUACGAUAUCAAAUAAAAAGUGCACAAGUUUGAAAUUUUUGACAAUCUUUUUUACACGCGUGAGUGCACUUUUGGUUAGUAGCUGUCCACUUUAUAGUAUAAACAUUUGCACAUUUUUUGAAACCGUCUUUUAUGUUUAAAGUUCAUCUAAUCCAUCCAUUUUCAAGUGAUCAAAGGCCAAGAUUUAUUCUCACUUUUCAUGGGAAGACUACUUUUUACUUGAACCCACCCUAUGUAUAUAUAGAGAGAAUGAAUCUGGUGAGAAGUCCGUUUGCGCUGAAAACUGAGAAGCAAUAAUAAACUUCCGAUACAAUUCAUCCAACGGCAAGGCAUCUUUUCGUAUUUUAUCAGUAUUGACCUCUGCUCCAGAUUCAUUUCAUCUCCCGAUUAAUAGUGUAGAUUUAUUAUUAUUUCUUAUUGUGGAACUCCUUGUGUAAUAUUAACUCUUUUCUAGUAUAAAUAUAUCUGCCAGGGCUACCAUUAAGGUUAAGCCUGGUAUUAUUUCUCACAUGGUAUCAGAGCCAAUUUCUAAAAUCCCUAAUUUUUUUUUUCCGGCUACGAUGACUUCUACGCCAACCUCUUCCGCCGCCGCUGAGUCCUCUGAGCCGGCCACAAUUUCACCCACCGCCCAGAUGACGUCGCCGACCUUCUCUUCGUCUCCAGCAACUCAGCCUCUAUCUUCCGCUGCUUCAAUCUCGCAGCAGGCCUCCAGUCUAUCUUCUCAAACGAUGGCUGCUUCAACAACUCUUCCCUUCAUGUCAAUGGACCCUGUUAUCUCUCAAACCUGGAUGCCGCCUCCUCUUAUGACGGAAUUUAGCGCCUGGAAUCCUCCCCUCUUUACUUGGACGCCGACACAGCCCUCAGUCCGUCCACCAGUGCAGCCCGUCCUCUCUACUGGCAGAAGUUUUCUUCCUCCCAUGGAAUCUGCCUCCAAUUUUGCUGGUCCUACAUUUGCAGGAGCACCAGGUAUUGCACCACUCUCCUCUCCUAGGCCAAUUGCUCCACGAAGUACUGCUGCCAACACCGGUUCUAUUCUUAAUGAAUUAGUUAAGAGUAUUGGAUUUUCUGCCCUUAAUAUUACCAACGUUGUGACCACCAAAUUAGCUGCGGUAGAGGAUUACCAAUAUUGGCGUACUCAAUUUGAGUCUUUUCUGCUCUCCAAUGGGUUUUUGGGAAUUUUAGAUGGUUCGAUUCCUGCUCCCCCUCCCUAUAUUUUUGAUGCGUUUCAUCUUGAGACAAUUAAUCCGGACUAUUGUAAUUGGUUAAAACUUGAUCAAACGGUGCGUUCGUGGCUAUUUGCCACUUUGUCUCGAGAUGUCUUAAUUGAGGUGCAUGACUUAAAGAAUGCUUCUGCUAUUUGGAGUCGGUUAGAGUCUCAUUUUAUGUCUGCUAGUCUUGCCCGCUCCAUGGAAUUAAAACGCCAAUUGACUACCUCUCGGAAGGGACUUAAUCAGUCUAUGGAGCAUUAUCUCAGAGACAUUAAGAUUAUUGCUGAUAACUUAGCUUCGAUUAAUGAUCCUGUUGCUCCUCGUGAACUAUUUAAAACUAUUUUGAUGGGUCUGGGACGAGACUAUGAGUCUCUUAUUACCUCAGUUGGUUUAUUUCCGGAGAGCUUCACCUUUGAAAGACUACGCAACUGCUUGAUUGAAAAGGAGCAAACUAUACAGUAUAUGCGCACUCUAGAAGAGCCUCCCCAGGCCCAAGCAUUUGCGGUCCAAGCUCAGGCUACCGGGCAGCCACCUCCCCACGGCGGGCAGCAGCAACGUGGGAGAGGUUAUCGCGGUAGGGGCGGUCGUGGACAGCGGGGCAGAGGGGGCCGCGGACAGCGUGGCCGCGGUUAUGCCCCACAUCAGCAUGGUUAUGGCUUUCCUCCUCCGAUGGGCUACGGCUACCCCCCUCCUGGCUAUGUUCCAGGGGGUGCACCUCAUGCGGGCAUUCUUGGGGCUCCAGGCUCAGCAGGCUCUUCAUCUGUUGACGGGCACUCUGUUCCUCCUCCUGUAGUUUGUCAAAUUUGUUAUGCCCCAGGUCAUCCCGCCUCUACUUGUCCGUCUCGUUUUGUUCAGCCGGCUGCACCUGCUCUCGCUGCUCAGGCUCCUGAUGCUACUGACAUUGUGUGGUAUCCUGACUCAGGUGCCUCUGCUCAUAUGACUCCUCAUCCAGGUAUUUUGUCUAAUAAAACCUUUUCUCCUAAUUCUCAUUCAAUUAUUGUAGCUAAUGGUACUUCUCUUCCUGUUAUGCAUACCGGUGAGGUUGUUUUGAGUUCCUCUGCUCGUCCUCUUCGCCUAAAAUCUGUUUUUCAUGUGCCUAAUAUUAAAUAUAAUCUUUUGUCCAUUCAAAAAUUAUGUGCUGAUAACAACUGUGUUGUAGUUUUUGAUAAAAAUUGUUUUUCUGUAAAGGACAAAACUACGGGGGCGGUUCUACUUCGAGCGGUCAGUGAUAAUGGUGUCUAUCCUGUUCGUCAGCCUGCACCUCCACCUGUUGCCCUUUCUGCUGCUUCUGUUUCCCUUUGGCAUAAUAGAUUAGGACAUUGUGGUACUCGUGUUUUAGAUCAACUUAGAAUUAAUAAUUUAAUUUCUGGCACUUCUGCUUCUAUUUCUGAUUGUAUUCCUUGUCGUUUGGGAAAAUCACAACGGUUACCUUUUAAUAAAGUUUUUCACAACAGUCCGUGUGCUUUAUAUUUAAUCCAUUCUGAUGUAUGGCAAUCUCCUGUGCUAUCUCAUCUUGGUUUUAAAUAUUAUGUUUGUUUUGUGGAUGAUUUUUCUCGUUUUACAUGGCUAUAUCCUAUGCGGCGUAAGUCUGAGGUUACUACUCAUUUUCAUCAUUUUAAAUUAAUGAUUGAAAAUUUACUUGACCGCAAAAUUAAGAUUUUUCAGAGUGAUGGAGGGGGUGAAUUUGAUAAUUUUCAUAUGCGGAAUUUUUUUACUGAUUCUGGAAUUAUUUUUCAAAAAUCUUGUCCUGAAACUCCGCAGCAAAAUGGCGUGGCUGAGCGCAAGCACCGUCAUUUAAUUGAACUAGCGCGAACCAUGCUCAUCACUGCCAAUUUGCCCGCUCAGUUUUGGGUUGAUGCUGUUCUCACUGCCACUUUUAUUAUUAAUCGGUUACCUCUCCUACUCUACAUGGUGUGUCUCCGUAUGAAAAAUUGUUUCUCUCUGCACCGGAUUUAUCUGGAAUGCGUGUUUUUGGUUGUGCAUGUUUUCCAAACUUUAAUGCCACUUCUGCUAAUAAACUUUCUCCACGGUCUGUUCAGUGUGUUUUUCUUGGUUAUGCGUCUGAAUAUAAAGGUUAUCGUUGUCUUGAUCCUAUUUCUGGUCGGGUUUAUAUUAGCAGAAAUGUCCGAUUUUUAGAAAAUAUUUUUCCAUAUUCUAAGUUGAUUAGUGCUACACUGUCUCCGUCGAGUAUGCCUUCUUACACCGCUACGUACCAGUGACCAGCCCCCAUCCUCAAACCUGCAACUGCAAUCCCAUCCAGUUGACUCACUCCCAGAUUUCCAUGCACCCACUCUAACCUAUAAUCAUGUUCCCAGCCCCUCUUCUACUCCCAUUACCUUAGCAGACAGUCAAUUACCUUCCACUACUCUGGCUGAGACUUUACUGGCCGACACACCACCAUUCCCUACUUCACUGGCCGACAAAUUAACAGUGCCUACCCCCCUGGCCGAAACCACAACAGCCUCUACCUCUUUGACCGAAACCACAACAGCCUCUACCUCUUUGACCGAAACCCCAGCAACCUCUACCUCCUUGGCCGACACCAUCUCGACCAACACAGCAGCUCCCAAUAGCUCCGCCCCGGUUGACAAUAUUCAUCCAAUGCAAACCCGGUCCAAAUCCGGUAUUUUUAAACCGAAACCUAUUUUUAAUUUAAACACAGUUGUUAGCACACCUGACCCUACUUGUUUUUCAAUAGCUAAUAAACAUCUUAAGUGGCGAGCUGCUAUGGCAGAGGAAUUUAAUGCUCUUAUCUCUAAUC